AUGGCCCCCACACCGACAAUGGCCACCGCGGUACCCGCUGAGGAUGCCACACCCAAGCCUCGCGCCCUUUAUGGCGAAGGCAUCACGCUGGUUGCCUUUGAUCGGCAGGGCCGUUUGGUGACGGCCGGUGAGAACGGCUGCAUCAACAUUCUCAAGAAUCUCCAGGAUGACAACCCCGUUGUGAUCGAGGACAACAAGGAGAGCUCAGGGAUCAAUUGCAUGGCUUUCAAGGCAAGCGCACCAAAUGACCGCCUGGUAGUGGGCGGCGAGGAUCACAUGUGCCGCUUGUACAACAUGAGCAAGACUGAAAACCAGUUUGAUGCUUUGCUGAGCCGGUUCAGCAGCCCUGUCUUUGCCACCGCUCUCAACCGUACCGCGACUGUUUGUGCCGCUGCUGGCGAAGAUAUGGAUAUUCGUAUCGUGCAACUGAGCGACCACUCCUACAAGACGCUGUCUGGCCACUCUGGAGCCGUGCGCGCCCUGGCUUUUGAUCCAGAGAUGGUUUACUUGGCAUCAGCUGGCGAAGAUGGCGCGCUCAAGCUCUGGGACAUUGAGAGCGGUUCCAUUGAGGAAGAAAGCUUGGCUCUUCCGAUCAUUCGCGGCGGUCUUGACCCGGAGCAACAUGGCAUGUUUACUCUUCAAUUUAGCCACAGUGGCAAGAUGUUGGCCGUGGCCAUCGACAAGACAGUUCAGAUCUACAAUCGCCAACUCGAAUUUCAAUACGCUCUCAAGGAGCUGGGGCACGAGAGCAACGUCUCCACCUUGCAAUGGUCCAACGAUGACGUAUACCUGGCAAGUGCAGGCAUUGACGGCGUCAUUCUGAUUUGGGAAGUGGCCAGCAAGCAGAGUCUGGCUCGCUUUCGUCAUCCCAACGCGACCUGCGUCACGUCCCUUUUCUGGCAUCCCACCGAAGAGACCCUGGCUUACGCUGACGCCCAUGGAUGCGUCUCGCUGUGGCGCAAGCCUGUGCGCGACUCAAUCAAGGCCAAGCUCACGGAAGAGCAGGUGAAGGAAGCCGAAGCCCUUGCUGCACAAGAGCAGCGCAUGACUGCUGUCAACGACUUGUUUGCCGAUGAUGAUGUGCCCAAGAAGGUGGUCCUCAAGCGAUCCCGCCGGGCGCAGCUUGUGGACAGCGACGACGAGGAUGAUGGCAUCAUGACAUCAGAAAUGCCUCAUGACUAUGCAGCUGAAGAGGAAGCGCAGCAGCCCACAUAUGGUACCAUGCCCCUGGUCGAGCAGCAGGCCCCCUUUCAACCAUCUUCGUCCCCCCUUGAUCAGAGCAAACGCUUCCUGGUGUGGAACAACGUGGGCAUCAUCACGAGUCGGCAAGAAGAAGUCACAUCGGCCGUUGAUGUGGAGUUUCAUGACACCAAUACCCACCGCCCCGUGCGCCUCGUGGAUCAUUUUGGCUUCACCAUGGGGACGCUCAGCGAGCACUGCCUUGUGCUGGCCGCUGAAUCCCACACUCCAGAUGAAGGCGAUACUCGUGAUCACCCCAGGCUUGAGCAGCCAGACUGGCCCAGGCAACACGAGCGUAUCGCCUAUCAGGACUCACAAGGCUGGUUUGCGUUUGUAUUGGGCCUACUUAGUGUGUUGUUUUGCCGCAACCUGACAACUUGGGCUUCAGACGAGACCUGGCAGCUAUUUUUUCCCGAGGGAGAGGAGAUUGAGGUUGUGGCUACCGGCUGCGGUGAAGCACCCUUUGUAGCGGCCGCCACCAGCAAGCGCUACGUGCGCAUUUAUUCAAGCUACGGCGUGGCGCGACACGUCUUUGCAUUGCCUGGCCCCGUGGUCUCCAUGGCGGCGUUGGACGAUAAGCUUCUUAUCGCAUACCAUGAUGGCAUGGGUGCCAACGGAGACCAAAAGAUGGCUACCAUGCUCGUCAACGUCGACAAGCAUAAGGUUGAGUCACAAAACAGCCUGCCAUUGUCGGCAGGUGCAGCGCUUUCCUGGAUUGGUUUUGGUGACAAUGGUUUGCCCGCGACCAUCGACUCGGAGGAGGUCAUGCGCGUCCUCGUGGCACGGUGGGAUGGUCUGUGGACCCCGGUGGCUGAGUUCAAGUCGCUGCGCUCUGAGCGGGAGCAAUUGGACUAUUACUGGCCCGUCGGCUUUACCAGAGACGAACUGCUGUGCGUUGUGUGCCGUGGCGGCGAGACGUUCCCCAAGGUUUUGCCCAAGCCAGCCAUCAGCACCGUGCCCCUGCAGCUGCCACUGGUCUGUUUGCCGGAGACAGCGGCUCGCGAAGAGUCGUUUUUGCGUUCGCGGCUCUUGCUGGAGCAUACCAUUGACCACGAGGGCCUUGAUGAGUUAAACCGCGAGGAUGCCCUAGAAAUUGUAGCGGCUCAGCGGCGCCUCGACCAGGAUAUCUUGGCUGCCAUUAGCCGUAGCGUUCAGUCAAAGCGGGCUGCUCGAGCCCUGGAUUUGACUACGUUUCUACAAGUGCCAGCCAGCGUUGAGUUGGCCGUCAAACUGGCUGUGAAGGGCAAGAUGCCUCAAUUGGCUGAGCGUAUGCUCUUGGCUAAGCAGGCACUAGAAGAAUCCAUCUUGGAGCGUCGUCGCACGUUGCGCCGUGAACGCGCUUUGCCGCUACGCGCUGCUCCGUCCCAUCAACCCGCGAGCUCCGCACCGACACCGCAGCGUCGCCAUGGCAGUGCCGCUGAGGCCGAGAUGGAGGCAGACGUGACGGAUCAAGGUGCAUCGGAAGCUGCCACGCCCAGCAUGACCGAGCGACUACGCCCCGCACCGGCACUGACGCCGGCCAAUCCUACGGCCCCCAAGACGUUAAGCCGACCAAAGGCGGUAAAUCCCUUUGCACGGAAGCAAUCUCCCGUGAAGGAGCGCCGACCGAGCCAGACCGAGCAGAGCGAUGCAGACAUGACAGCAGAGACUGGGGAUGAGCCGGCUGCCAAGGUGGCCAAGGUGGCCGAGCCUGUGACGCCAUCGCCCGCUACGCCCCUCGGGGGAGGGUUCCGCCCCAAGUCAUUCACCACCAAGGCGACCAAAGUGACUGCCACGGAUAAGGACAAACCCAAGCGCAAAAUGUCUGGGUAUAUGCUCUGGCUUCAAGCCAAUCGCAAGGAAAUGAUCAAGGCCCACCCGGGUCUCAGCGUCAAGGAGUUGGCAAAGAAGGCGGGUGAAAUCUGGAAGGGGAUGAGCAGCGAGGAGAAGGCCAAGUGGACGGCGCCUGCAGGGGACGUGCCUGCCUCGGAUAACGUGCCCGUGUCUGCGGAUCAACCUUCACCGGAUAAGGCCAAAACCACAGAGGUGGCUGCAUAA